AGAGCAAUCACCUCACAGACUUGUACCGAAAAGAAGAGACCAUCAGCGUGGCAGGGAACGGCUGCAUCCACAGUCCUCGCUUCCCCAGUAGUUACCCCAGGAACCUCCUGCUGACAUGGCGGCUCCACUCCCCGGAGAGCACGAGGAUCCAGCUGGCUUUUGAUAAUCAGUUUGGACUGGAGGAACCUGAAAAUGAUAUCUGCAGGUAUGACUUUGUGGAAGUGGAAGAUGUAUCAGAGACGAGCACAGUUAUACGAGGACGGUGGUGUGGACACAAGGAAGUACCUCCAAGAAUAACAUCAAGAACAAAUCAGAUAAAGAUAACCUUCAAAUCUGAUGACUACUUUGUGGCUAAACCUGGAUUUAAGAUUUGUUACUCCCUUGUGUGUAGCUCGAAAGAUGCAGAUUUUGCAAACACUCAGGAAAUGGAUGAUUUCCAGCAUGCAGCCUCAGAAACCAACUGGGAGUCAGUCACAAGCUCUAUUUCAGGGGUAUCCUAUCCCUCUCCAUCAGUGACUGACCCUACGCUCACGGCAGAAGCACUGGAUCAGACCAUUGCUGCGUUUGACACGGUGGAGGAUCUGCUCAAACAUUUUAACCCUGACUCCUGGCAAGAAGAUCUUGAGAAUUUGUACACAGACAGUGGCCACCAUUAUCGAGGCAGAAGCUACCAUGACAGGAAGUCCAAAG